CAGCGGAUGACUUUCGGGCAGGCUUGAUCAAGUGUAUUGAGUAUUGCUUGGAAGAACCAUUGUGACAGAAAUAGGCCUCUGCCCCGCAAGAAUUUCCGGACCAAGCCUUUCACACCUAUCACUUGUUCUUGAGGAUCUUGUAUAACACCUUUUUUCUCCCAUCACAGAACCCCGCUGAGAUAUCCUCCUCGACAAUCAACUGGGCUAUUCCAAUCGUGUUAUUCCGGACAAUCACAUAGAACUAGACAAAAGACAGACCGACACAAUGUACGGAACAUCAACCGGUCCUCAAACGGGCAUUAAUACUCCUCGCUCAUCACAGUCACUGAGGCCCCUGAUUCUGUCACAUGGGUCGCUUGAAUUCUCGUUCCUUGUGCCGACCUCGCUUCACUUUCAUGCCUCCCAAUUGAAGGACAGCUUCACAGCAUCGUUACCGGAGCCGACGGACGAGCUGGCCCAGGACGAUGAGCCUUCUUCAGUCCCUGAACUGGUGGCUAGAUACAUUGGGCAUGUCGCAAAUGAAGUGGAAGAAGGUGAAGAUGAUGCGCAGGGAACAUACUUGGAGGUUCUGAAGUUGGCUCUAAACGAGUUCGAACGCGCUUUUAUGCGGGGCAAUGACGUCCAUGCUGUUUCGGCCGGCCUUCCUGGCAUCAUUGCCAAGAAGGUUAUGGUCGUGAAAGCGUAUUAUGCCGGCAGAGCGGCUGUUGGUCGCCCGAUCAAGCCAUAUGAUUCGGCAUUAUUUCGAGCAGCCUCGGAUGAGAAGGCCAGCGUUUACUCGGUCUUCGGCGGGCAAGGAAAUAUUGAAGAAUACUUUGACGAACUGCGGGAAAUUUACACUACCUACCCCUCUUUCGUUGAUGAUCUCAUCACUUCCUCUGCCGAACUACUGCAGGCUCUAUCACAUGAACCUGAAGCCAGCAAGCUCUAUCCCAAGGGCUUGGAUGUCAUUCAAUGGCUUCAGGAUCGUGAUUCUCAGCCAGACACUGACUACCUAGUGUCGGCUCCGGUGAGUCUGCCGUUGAUCGGUCUGGUCCAGUUGGCGCACUUCGUUGUCACAUGCAAGGUCUUGGGUAAAACGCCCGGUGAGGUGCUUGAAAGGUUCAGUGGAACCACGGGCCACUCUCAGGGUGUUGUGACGGCUGCGGCAAUUGCUUCUGCGACUACUUGGGAGGGCUUCGAGAAAGCUGCCAAGAAUGCAUUGACUAUGCUUUUUUGGAUCGGCCUUCGCAGUCAGCAAGCUUACCCUCGCACAUCCAUUGCUCCGUCCGUCCUGCAGGAUUCAAUUGAAAACGGAGAAGGCACGCCUACGCCCAUGUUGUCCAUCCGAGACCUGCCGAGGGCCGCUGUUCAGGAACACAUUGACACGACCAAUCAACAUCUGCCUGAAGAUCGUCAUAUCUCCAUAUCACUAGUCAACAGCGCUCGUAAUUUUGUUGUGACCGGACCGCCUCUGUCCCUUUAUGGUCUCAACUUACGCCUGCGCAAAGUCAAAGCUCCGACUGGGUUGGAUCAGAAUCGGGUCCCCUUUACCCAGCGUAAAGUUCGCUUUGUUAACCGUUUCCUUCCUAUCACCGCGCCAUUCCACAGCCAGUACCUAUACCCAGCCUAUGACCGGAUUUUGGAUGACUUGGAGGACAUCGAAAUACCGCCUCAAUCUCUUGCCAUUCCAGUCUACGAUACGAAGACUGGUAGUGACCUCAGCAAGUUGGAUGGAGCUAAUGUCGUUCCAGCAUUGGUUCGCAUGAUUACUCAUGAUGCCGUCAAUUGGGAACAAGCAACUGUAUUUCCGGGAGCGACGCACAUUGUUGAUUUUGGACCUGGCGGGAUCUCGGGUCUCGGGGUGCUUACGAACCGCAACAAGGAUGGUACAGGUGUCCGUGUGGUUCUCGCCGGGGCUAUGGACGGUACCAAUGCCGAAGUUGGGUAUAAGCCCGAGCUUUUUGAUCGCGAUGAACACUCGGUCAAAUAUGCCAUUGAUUGGGUCAAAGAAUAUGGGCCACGUCUGGUGAAAAACGCGACUGGCCAGACCUUCGUUGACACCAAGAUGAGCCGGCUCUUGGGCAUUGCCCCCAUCAUGGUCGCCGGAAUGACGCCCACUACAGUGCCAUGGGAUUUUGUUGCUGCGACGAUGAACGCAGGCUACCAUGUCGAACUCGCCGGUGGUGGCUAUUACAAUUCAAAGACGAUGACAGAGGCCAUCAACAAGAUUGAAAAAGCCAUUCCACCUGGCCGCGGUAUCACCAUCAAUCUGAUUUAUGUUAAUCCUCGCGCCAUGGCUUGGCAAAUCCCCUUGAUCGGAAGGUUGAGGACUGACGGCGUGCCCAUUGAAGGUCUUACGAUAGGUGCCGGUGUUCCAUCUAUCGAGGUAGCCAACGAGUACAUUGAAACACUUGGCAUCAAGCACAUUGCCUUCAAACCAGGCUCGGUAGAUGCCAUCCAACAAGUCGUCAAUAUUGCCAAGGCAAACCCGAAGUUUCCUAUCAUUUUGCAAUGGACCGGAGGACGUGGUGGAGGUCAUCACUCCUUCGAAGAUUUCCACCAGCCUAUUUUGCAGAUGUACAGCCGUAUCAGACGCUGUGAUAAUAUCGUUCUUGUGGCCGGCAGUGGCUUUGGCGGUUCCGAAGACACAUACCCUUACCUUUCGGGCACAUGGUCCUCUGGCUUUGGCUAUCCACCGAUGCCUUUUGAUGGCUGCUUGUUCGGUAGUCGAAUGAUGAUUUCCAAGGAAGCCCACACAUCUAAGAAUGCCAAGAAGGCCAUCGCAGAGGCCCCCGGUCUUGAAGACAAAGACUGGGAAAAGACAUAUAAGGGUGCUGCAGGUGGCGUUGUCACUGUAUUGUCUGAAAUGGGCGAGCCGAUUCACAAGCUAGCAACAAGAGGUGUUCUUUUCUGGCAUGAAAUGGAUCAAAAAAUAUUCAAACUUGAUAAGGCCAAGCGUGUUCCUGAGCUCAAGAAACUCAGGAACUACAUCAUUCAAAAGCUUAAUGAUGAUUUCCACAAAGUUUGGUUUGGCCGCAAUGCCUCUGGAGAGACGGUUGAUUUGGAAGAUAUGACCUACACAGAGGUGGUCCACCGUAUGGUGGACCUCAUGUAUGUCAAGCAUGAGUCUAGAUGGAUCGAUGACUCGUUGAAGAAGCUGACCGGAGACUUCAUUCGGCGGGUUGAAGAGCGUUUCACCAUUGCCGAUGGUCAACCGUCCCUACUUCAAAAUUAUUCAGAGCUCAACACACCGUACCCGGCCAUCAACAAUAUCUUGGCGGCCUAUCCCGAGGCGGCAACUCAGUUAAUCAAUGCUCAAGACGUUCAACAUUUCCUGUUACUUUGCCAGCGCCGCGGACAAAAGCCGGUGCCGUUUGUCCCCUCCUUGGAUGAAAACUUCGAGUACUGGUUCAAGAAAGACUCUCUUUGGCAAAGCGAAGACCUUGAAGCGGUUGUGGGCCAGGAUGUCGGCCGGACAUGUAUCUUGCAGGGUCCAAUGGCUGCAAAGUUCUCGAAUGUCAUUGAUGAGCCAGUCGCCGAUAUUCUAAACGGCAUCCACAAAGGCCACAUUGAAAGUUUGGUCAGGGACGUGUAUACUGGAGACAAGAGCAAAAUCCCCGUCAUCGAAUAUUUUGGAGGACGAUUCAAUAAGGACAUUGGCGAGUUGGAUAUUGACGGCCUUACCAUCUCGAAAGACGCCAACAAGUUCAGCUACCGACUGUCGUCAUCGCCUUCAGCCGACCUGCCUGACCUGGACCGCUGGCUUCGUCUCCUUGCCGGCACAGCAUACUCCUGGAGACACGCUAUGUUUUUGGCCGAUGUGUUUGUCCAGGGUCAUCGUUUCCAGACUAACCCUAUGAAACGAAUUGUUGCGCCGGUUCCUGGAAUGUAUGUGGAAAUAUCAACUUCUGAAAAUCCUUCCGAGACAACUAUCAUUGUGCGAGAACCCUAUCAGUCUGGCAAACUUGUCAAGACGGUUGAAGUGAAAAUGAACGACAAGAGUCAGAUCAGUCUUACGAUUUAUGAAGGAAGAACGGCAGAGGCUGCCGUUGUUCCUUUAACCUUCUUGUUCACUUACCACCCUGACGCAGGGUACGCACCGAUUAGGGAAGUUAUGGACAGCCGCAAUGAUCGCAUCAAGGAAUUUUACUACCGCGUGUGGUUCGGUAACAAGGAGGUCCCAUUUGAUACCCCUACCACUGCAACUUUCAACGGUGGACGUACAACGAUCACCUCUCAAGCCGUUGCUGACUUUGUUCAUGCUGUUGGUAACACCGGCGAAGCGUUUGUCGACCGCCCUGGAAAGGAAGUCUUCGCUCCCAUGGACUUUGCCAUUGUUGCGGGUUGGAAGGCUAUUACUAAACCCAUUUUCCCUCGGACAAUCGACGGUGACCUGCUGAAACUGGUUCAUUUAUCGAAUGGUUUCAAGAUGGUUCCUGGGGCCCAACCUCUGAAGGUUGGCGAUGUUUUGGAUACCACCGCGCAAAUAAACUCGGUCAUCAACCAAGAGUCUGGGAAGAUGGUCGAAGUCUGUGGCACCAUUAAAAGAGACGAUGAACCUAUCAUGCAUGUCACUAGCCAGUUCCUGUACCGCGGAAACUACCUGGAUUUCGAAAAUACCUUCCAACGCAAAGAUGAAGUGCCCAUGCAGGUUCACCUCGCUUCUAGCCGAGAUGUUGCAAUCCUCCGCUCAAAGGAAUGGUUCCGCAUGGAUGAAUCCGAUGUUGAGCUUUUGGGCAAGACUUUGACUUUCCGUCUUCAGAGCUUAAACCGUUUCAAGAACAAGUCUGUGUUCAGCAAUGUUCAAACAAUUGGACAGGUACUCUUGGAGCUACCGACUAAGGAAAUCAUCCAGGUUGCCUCUGUGGACUACGAGGCCGGAACCUCUCAUGGAAAUCCAGUGAUCGACUACCUCCAACGGAAUGGCACGUCUAUCGAGCAGCCGGUAUACUUCGAGAAUCCUAUCCCUCUCAGUGGCAAAACAUCAUUGGUACUACGUGCUCCUGCGUCCAACGAGACUUAUGCUCGAGUUUCGGGUGAUUACAACCCUAUUCACGUGUCACGAGUUUUCUCGAGCUAUGCCAACCUGCCGGGUACCAUCACCCAUGGCAUGUAUACAAGCGCCGCAGUCCGCAGCUAUGUUGAAACUUGGGCCGCUGAGAACAACAUUGGCCGUGUUCGGGGCUUCCAUGUGUCGCUGGUUGGUAUGGUGUUGCCCAAUGAUAUCAUUGCCGUUAAAUUGCAGCACGUUGGCAUGAUUGCUGGGCGUAAGAUUAUCAAGGUUGAAGCCAGCAACAAGGACUCCGAAGAUAAGGUUCUUCUGGGCGAAGCUGAGGUCGAACAACCUGUUACUUCUUACGUCUUUACCGGCCAGGGCUCCCAGGAGCAGGGAAUGGGAAUGGAACUCUACGCCAGUAGCCCGGUUGCGCAGGAGGUUUGGGACCGAGCGGACCGUCAUUUCAUGGAGAAUUACGGCCUAUCGAUUAUUGAUAUCGUCAAGAAUAACCCCAAGGAGCUCACCGUCUACUUUGGAGGUCCACGUGGCAAAGCCAUCAGGCAAAACUACAUGUCGAUGACCUUUGAAUCAGUCAACGCAGAUGGAAGUAUCAAGUCUGAGAAGAUAUUCAAGGAGAUUGACGAAAACACAACAUCGUAUACAUACCGCUCACCCUCUGGACUUCUUUCAGCAACGCAGUUCACGCAGCCAGCUCUAACACUGAUGGAGAAGGCAAGUUUUGAAGAUAUGCGCUCCAAGGGUCUCGUUCAGAGAGAUAGCAGCUUUGCCGGUCAUUCACUCGGCGAGUACUCAGCUCUUGCAGCCCUUGCCGAUGUCAUGCCAAUUGAAAGCUUGGUAUCCGUUGUGUUCUAUCGUGGCCUGACCAUGCAGGUCGCCGUGGAGCGAGAUGAGCAGGGACGCUCGAACUACUCUAUGUGUGCCGUCAACCCAAGCCGCAUCUCAAAGACUUUCAACGAACAAGCCCUGCAAUAUGUUGUCGAGAACAUAUCUGAGCAAACUACUUGGCUUCUGGAGAUUGUCAAUUACAAUGUCGCGAACAUGCAAUAUGUAGCUGCUGGUGAUCUUCGAGCACUCGACUGCCUUACUAAUUUGCUCAAUUAUCUCAAGGCUCAAAACAUUGACAUUCCCGCUCUAAUGCAAAGUAUGUCAUUGGAUGAUGUCAAGGCACACCUAGUGAACAUCAUCCGUGAGUGCGUUAAACAGACAGAAUCAAAGCCUAAGCCAAUCUCUCUCGAGCGUGGCUUCGCCACUAUUCCUCUCAGGGGAAUUGACGUGCCCUUCCACAGCACGUUCCUUCGCUCCGGUGUCAAGCCCUUCCGAUCCUUCCUGCUCAAGAAGAUCAACAAAACUACCAUUGACCCGAGUAAGCUGGUGGGCAAGUACAUUCCGAACGUUACAGCCAGGCCAUUCGAGAUCACAAAGGAAUACUUCGAGGAUGUUUACAGACUUACCAACUCUCCAAGGAUUGCACACAUUCUUGCAAACUGGGAGAAGUAUGAGGAAGAUGGUGAAAGCGGCUCACGCACCACUGGUGUGACUAGCGCCUAGGGCUGGUUGUUUAAAUAAAUUCGGACUGCUCUCUUUCCUCCAUUUUAUUAUUUCACGUCCUGAAUCCGAACUAUAUUGUUCUAGCGCUGGUGUUAUAAAACUAUCUUCAGCUACUGUUUAAUCGCUUAGGCCUUCCUCGAUAAAUGUAGAAAUGACACGAAAUGUUCAUAGCACGUACCAAUGGAGAUCCGAG